CCAUGGCGGCGCGCGGCGAUUGGCUGUGGGAAAGGCCGGGGGGCGCGGGGCGGAGCCGCGAUGGGGCCGCGGGGAGCGCCCGGCGCCGCGGGGCUGUGAGCCGGAGCCGGGGAGGGCCCGCGGGGCUCGCGGCUGGGGAUGAGGAGGCUUUCUGCUCUGAAUUUGCUUCUUUACAAAAUGAGUAUUGCAGUGUUUCACAAAGAUUGGACCCUUCAGUAGGAUUUCUCAAGAUCAGUGCACAUAACUCAACAGCUUAUUUUUCUUGAAGACUUCUCUGCAGCUUUUAAAGCAUUUAUCACAAUGAAUUCGGGCUUAUGGAGUCAAGAAAAACCAAGUUCAUCCUAUUGGGAAGAGCGGGUCUUUUAUUUACUUCUCCAGGAGUGCAGUGUCAUAGACAAGCAGACUCAAAAGCUCUUGAAAGUGCCCAAAGGUAGCAUUGGGCAGUUUUUUCAAGACCGUUCUUCUGUGGGACACUCCAGAAAUAUUCCUUGUAAAGGCAAGAAACUUCAGAUUGGAUUAAAGAUUCUGGAACAACCUCAUGCAAUCCUCUUUGUGGAUGAGAAGGAUGUUAUAGAAAUAAAUGAAAAAUUAGCCGAGUUGCUUUUGGCCAUUACUAACUGUGAGGAAAGAUACAGUCUGUUUAAAAGCAAGAGCAGGUUAACUAAAGGCAUCCAGAUAGAUAUUGGCUCACCUGUUAGAGUCCAGCUGAGAUCGGGAGAUGAUAAAUAUCCUGGAGUUGUUCGCUUCAGAGGACCCUUAUUGCAAGAAAGGUCCCUAACGGGGGUAUACUUUGGAGUAGAGUUGCUGGAAGAAGGUCGUGGUCAGGGCUUUACUGAUGGACAGUACCAAGGCAAGCAGCUUUUCAGAUGUGAUGAAGACUGUGGAGUUUUUGUUGCUUUGGACAAACUGGAGCUAGUAGAAGAUGAUGACAAUGAACUGGAAAGUGACUAUGCAGCUCCUGUUGAAGCAAUGCAGGUAGAACUUCCUCCUCUGGAGAUCAACUCCAGGGUUUCUCUGAAGAUAGGAGAGAGUAUAGAGUAUGGGACAGUUAUAUUCUGUGAUGUCUUACCAGGCAACGAAAGUUUAGGAUACGUUGUUGGAGUGGACAUGGAUAAUCCUAUUGGAAACUGGGAUGGAAGAUAUAAUGGAAUACAGCUGUGCAGUUUUGCAAGUGUUGAAAGUACACUUCUUUUGCAUAUCAAUGAUGUUAUUCCAGAGACCGUGUCACAGGACAGGAGACCUCCCAAGCUUGCCUAUACCUCAAGAGGUGGUGGUGACAAAAGUGUGUUCAAUCAUAGUAAGCCAAAGGCUACAGGAUCUACCUCUGAACCUGGAAAUAGAAACAGAUCUGAAGUCUUCUACACAUUAAAUGGCUCGUCAGUUGACUCUCAGCCUCAAACAAAAACGAAACCCCCAUGGUAUAUUGAUGAAGUCGCUGAAGACCCUGCAAAAUCACUUACCGAUUCAUCUCCUGGAUUUGGGCAUUCAUCACCACCACUGCAGCCACCUUUAACAAACUCUGUGUCUACAGAAAACAGAUUUCACUCUCUCCCUUUUAGCUUGACAAAAACGUCAACUACUAAUGGUACUAUUGGACACAGUCCUCUCUCUUUAUCUGUUCAGUCAGUCAUUGGUGAUGUAAAUACUACACCUAGCCAGGAGAGUCCAUCAACAGCAGGCCCAGUUGGGAACUCACAUGGUCUUGAAGCGGGUUCCUUGGCUGAAGUUAAAGAAAACCCUCCUUUCUAUGGAGUAAUCCGCUGGAUUGGCCAGCCCCCUGGAGUAAAUGAAGUAUUGGCUGGACUGGAAUUGGAAGAUGAAUGUGCAGGUUGUACAGAUGGAACAUUUAAAGGAACUCGAUACUUCACUUGUGCUCCGAAGAAAGCUCUUUUUGUUAAACUUAAAAGCUGCAGGCCAGAUUCCAGGUUUGCCUCACUACAGCCCGUUUCCAACCAGAUUGAACGCUGCAACUCUCUAGCCUUUGGAGGUUACUUAAGUGAAGUGGUAGAAGAAAACACUCCUCCAAAAAUGGAAAAAGAAGGUUUAGAGACAAUGAUUGGAAAGAAGAAAGGUAUCCAGGGUCAUUACAACUCCUGUUACUUAGACUCCACCUUGUUCUGCCUGUUUUCUUUUAGCUCUGUUUUGGACACUGUGCUGCUCAGGCCUAAAGAAAAGAAUGAUGUAGAGUAUUACAGCGAGACUCAAGACCUGCUGCGGACAGAGAUUGUGAAUCCUCUGAGAAUAUAUGGGUAUGUAUGUGCUACAAAAAUAAUGAAACUGAGGAAGAUACUUGAAAAAGUUGAGGCCGCAUCAGGAUUCACUUCAGAGGAAAAAGAUCCAGAAGAAUUUCUGAAUAUUUUAUUUCACCAUAUUUUAAGAGUUGAGCCACUAUUGAAAAUAAGAUCAGCAGGUCAGAAAGUACAAGACUGUUACUUCUAUCAGAUUUUUAUGGACAAAAAUGAGAAAGUUGGAGUCCCAACAAUUCAGCAGUUACUAGAGUGGUCAUUCAUCAACAGUAACUUGAAGUUUGCAGAGGCACCCUCUUGCCUGAUUAUCCAGAUGCCUCGGUUUGGAAAAGACUUCAAAAUGUUCAACAAAAUUUUUCCAUCCUUGGAAUUAAAUAUAACAGACUUACUUGAAGAUACUCCCAGGCAGUGCCGAAUAUGUGGAGGGCUUGCUAUGUAUGAGUGCAGAGAAUGUUAUGAAGAUACUGAUAUUUCUGCUGGGAAAAUCAAGCAGUUCUGCAAAACCUGCAAUACGCAAGUUCAUCUUCAUCCCAAGAGACAGAGUCAUAAAUUCAAUCCAUUGUCACUACCUAAAGAUCUGCCAGACUGGGAUUGGCGACAUGGCUGCAUCCCGCACCAGAAGAUGGAGUUGUUUGCUGUUCUCUGCAUAGAAACAAGCCACUAUGUAGCUUUUGUUAAAUACGGCAGGGAUGACUCUGCCUGGCUUUUCUUUGACAGCAUGGCAGAUCGGGACGGCGGUCAGAAUGGCUUUAACAUUCCACAAGUUAGCCCAUGUCCAGAAGUUGGUGAAUACCUGAAAAUGUCUCUAGAAGAAUUACACUCACUGGAUUCCAGAAAAAUUCAAGGUUGUGCACGAAGACUACUUUGUGAUGCUUACAUGUGCAUGUAUCAAAGUCCAACGAUGAGUUUAUACAAAUGAACAAUGGUCCUCUGGAAAACUGAAGAAACAGUAUAGAGUUACUGACUGUUGCAUUUGCUGCAUUUUUUGUUUCGUUUUAAUGCAACCGUUGCUGGCAAUGGAUGCGAUGACAAGGAAGAAGUUGACUCUGAGAGCAGAAGGAUUACUGUUCCAAAAACUACAUGUGGAGUUCUCUAAUUGAAAUAUUUAAGCAUUUUGCACUCUGGGAAGUGUGCUUGUGUGUGUUUGUUUUAUAAACAAAGUCUAAGUGAAGUUACUAAAACUUAAAGCUUUAAGUGCAUUGAUUAUAUGCAGGCUUUUUUGAAAUGCUAAAGGUGGAAUUAUAUGAGGAGCAACCUCCUUAGUCCAUUGAGAAUGUAAAGUUACGGUGUUCCUGCUCAGUGCAUUUUUGUGGACCAAGGAUGGUGGUUCUUCUGUGUUUCCCCCCCACACCCACCAUUUCUCCCUACCCUUGAUCUUUUUAGCACCAUGGAUUCUCUUUUUUCAAGAGGCAGUAACUUCAGUUUUGGUAAGAUAAAUUUUGGACUGUUCAUUGCGUUCUGUUCCAUUAUCUGUCUACUACAUUCUUUUCAGUUCACGCAUUUGCAUCUUGAAAAGUUAAAGUUCAUUUAAAGAUCUGAAUUCCUAUCCUGUGAAAAUCAACCAUGCAGAUUUGCUAUCUGUUAACUUGUGAUUUUUGGAGGGGAAGAAUAGGCAGAGGAGGGUAUUAAGGGAAAGCGUAAUUGCUGAAAUAUAAAAUUAGCAAUGAAAGUUAACAGAUGUCUUUUUUCAAGUGUCUAUUUUUAAAGAAACAAAGCAGUCUGGAACAGAACAGCAACUAUAUACAAAUGAUUUGAGGACAAAACAAUAAAAUAGUGGAUUGCCUCUGGGAAUGUUACUGAAGUGGUUUCCGGUCCUAUGUAAAAAAAACCUGACUUUUCUACACAUUAAGCAUCUACCUGGGACUGUGUUAUACAUCUGACUCUUCCUUUCUGGAUUACUAAUAAGUACUAAAACUUAUAACUAUAAAGAAAAUAGAUCAGGGAUUUACCGUACACCAAGAACCUAAAGAAAAAUAACUUGAAAAGCUGUAAAAUCUGUGUUGAUGAAGUAUGUUGGUUUCUGUUCGCAAUGAAAUACUGUUGUUUUAGUUGCUUUUUACCUACUUCUGUCUACACGGACUGGCAAACGUGCAUCUAAAUAUAGACAGUAAAAUCUGGUUGUACAAAUUACAUGUAUAGAGCUGUACAUUUUCAAUUGUAAGAUGUUUUAUAUGCACUGCUUCCUUCUUGGGGUCAUCUGUAGAAGAGAGGUCACAAAAUACAAACUGAGGAAAAACCACAUUGAAAAAGCCACUGUUGUGAGGACAACGGAGACUGAUCCUAUACUGUAGAAAAUGUGGUUACUUUGGUUUUCUUGGCAGAACACUCUACCACAGAUGAGUACUAGAGAGAGGUUUGAAAAUUAUGCUUGAAGGGCUAAUCUGUCUAAAGCAGGAGGUGGUGAGAGAGCCGAUCUAUUCCAUUAGCCACUGCAUGAAGCGUGCUCUAAUUUUUCAUUCUUGAGCAAGAAAGUUAUUAAAAGUGUCACUAUUGCUUUUGCCUCUAAUAGCCUCUUGGCUUCUAUGUUCCCUUGCCUUAUUUAUCUAGUCUGUGCUUCUUCAGUUUCCGUACUACUGUGAGCUCCUGAAUGCUUUCUCUCCUGAAAAAUUUCAGCAGUGCUUUAGGUGAUGGAUUCUAUAACCAUCUGUCAAUGGGUUUUGUCCAUUAGCUCUUCCUUGGCUGUGCACUGUCCAGCUCUGGAACAGCACAUGCUCAGAUGUGUCCAUGAAGAUGCCAUAGAAACAUCUUACAGGUAAUAUACGAGGUCUGACACAAAAAACUCCCAAGACUUUGUCUGUAACUCUCUUCCUUUAACAAAUUAAUAAAAUCGGCUGCAAUCAUCUUCAAAAUAGCUCCCUCCUGAGAUGACACACAGCUGCAUAUGAUACUGCCAAUGUUCAAAGCAAUUCCACAAAUGACUGUCUAAAAGGCUUUCGAGGAUCUCCAUUGUUUUUGCUUUCAAAUCCACUGACAAAAAAUGGGUCCCUCUGAGCACUGACAUGAUUUUUGGGAUCUCUUCACUGUAACCCUCAGUCAAUAACAGAAAAGUUUCUGUUGUGGAUUUCUUCAGUUUCACAAGAAACUUUAUGUUAACUGGCUGUUUGCUUUUGCACACUGAUAUUUUCUGAUGGAGUGCAAGAAAAUGUCUAUAUUUGAACAUGUGCCCGUGCAUACUGAGUGAAGCAAUUAAGUUGAGCCUAGUCUCACUGUGACAGAUUAGAUAACCAUCUCCUUCUCUCCUCCCAAAGUCUUGGUUCCUGAGAUAUAAGGUUAGUCUUGGGUUUUUUUGUGUCAGACCUCACAAGGUAAAAAGAUGAGUUGUAGGUCUUGGGUAAGUAGCUUGUAUUUAUUGAGAUGGGAUUGAGAAUACCCAUGAUCUGAGCAGAAGGGCUGGUGACUCACUCAUGGCUGCAUAUUGAAGAGCAAGUCCAGUCUCAAGUGAUGUUUUUAAAAAGAGCUGUUUGCAAGGCGAAGGCGAGAGGACAGCCAGGGCCUCGGCUUGCCCUCUACAAAGCCUGAUCCCUCGUCUGCUGCCUUCAUUGCGCUGGCCCCAUCACCACUGAACCUGGAAGCAGUCACAGGUGGUGCCCCCUCCUGAACACGGAGCAAACAUAAAGGCUUUACAAAUGAACAAGCACAGACCUUUGUAGCAAUGAGACCAAUCUGAUGUCUGGUCUUUUCCCCAUUCCUUGAUUUCCUAAUGAAUUAAUUUUCCCACGUCCAUUUCCCCUUCACCUCCUCUCCAUUAAAUAAUACCUAAGGUUACAAUUCCCUUACCUCCUCCUGCCUGAACUUGGAGAACAGCUCUGGAACUGCCAGAGGGGAGACUUGGACUUAGCACCCAUAUUAAAAUUUUCUGGAUGAAUAAUCUUGUAGCGAAAUAUCCAUAAAAUCCCAUUUUUUUUCAAGAUGCAUAUUUCAUUAGCGGAAGUGAAUAAAAAUAUGUGGGUGUAAAUGAAAUGCAUGGCUUCUUGCCUCCAAUUGUCUGGCCUUUGACAAGAAAUGGAGAAGUUGUGUGAACUCUUGCUUUUGUUCACCUAGAGAACGCACAGGGAAAAAAAACAGGGACUUUAAAUGUAUUGUGCACGCUUGGUGACAAAUGCUGUGUUUGGCAAUGCAGGUGAUUCUUUACAGCCUGGGUUUUGUACUACUUUAUAUUAUUGCAAAACAGUAAAUAGUUUUGCAAAUAGUAUAUGAUUCUGUGGUUUGUUUGUUGCUUAUUAGUUCAGAGGGCAGAGAUGUUUUCUGUAGCAUAAAAAAAAAAAGAAAAAAGUGCUUUUGACAAUUGAGUCUUCUUUUAAUCCAAAAAAUAUUGCUUUAUGGUGUACUGCAUUCGAUUGGAGAUAAUCUGGCAAUGUACAUGAAAUCUUACGGAAGCUAACUCCAGUUUUAAUUUCCUUUCUCAGAAAGGAGUAUACAGACAUAAAAGUGGUUUCACUGUGAAGGGAAAAUUGUAAAAUAACUUGUGUAUGGGGGAGGAAACUGGUUUUAGCCUUCAGCAUCUAUUACAGGGGAACUGGCUAAGUUAUUUUGUAGAAACAGCCUGCAUUUUGAAGCAUCUACUGCUGUUCAAUGUAAUGCCCAAAGAUUCCAGUGACUAAGCACCCAACUUUUAUGUAUCUAAUGCUUUUGGUAACCUUCCAAUCUUCUCUUUUUGUUUUUUAUACAGUGAAUGUGCCCAUAAAUUAAUAGCACUUAGAUGAUUGCAUCAUGGUCCAGCUCUUAAAUAUUGCUAACAAUGGCCUUAACCUGUGAGUGGGAAAACACAGAAUAUAGUUUCUGACAGCCUGUAAAAAUUUUCAUGAAGUUUCGUAAACUUUUCAAAACUAUUCAUAAUGCAUAAAGUUUCAUAACUGGGGAGAAAUACUGCACUCCUAUACAACUUGCAGCCUCUACUGUGCUAAUCAUUUUUAGAAAUGGGGGGGUUGAAUCAGUAGAAAAUGGCACAAAUAUUUUGCACGUAGAGGUAUCAGUUAAAGGUGAUGUCUUACACGUUACUGAAACAAAGAAAAAACCAAACCCCCACACCAAGCUGUGUCAGAACGCUGGUCCUUUGGUGUGGGAGAUAACCAGAAGAAAACAUACACUGAUAUAUUUGUUCAAUAACGGUUGUUCUAAUAUCUGUGCUACUGAUUCUGUAUUCUUGAGAAAUGUAGUACUGUUUUACUAAACAGCCUGUGAGAUCUCCAUUAUAAUUAAGUACUAUGUGUAACGGGAAUUACUCGUAAUCAUAAAUGGUUCAUUUCAAUGCACUUAGUUUUCUUGUGCGCUUUAUACUCCACUGAUGAACUUGGUCACCACAAUCCCUAACGAUAGCCUGUUUAAUACAAUAGCAAGGCACAACAUGCUGCAAACUGGAAUUUUAUGGUUUCAGAACUGAGUUGGUGUAAAAAAAAAAAAAAAAAGAGAUUGAAAGCUUUAUGUAUUUUUACCACUGUUACAAAGCAUGUUUUUAUCUGUUCUUAAUGUUUUGCUAAAUAAACAUCCCAUGUUUUGUGCACAAAUAGUGUCUUAAACUCAUAAAGGCUGUCUUCUAGAAUGAGUUAGGGAAAAAAACCAUUAUAUCAGACUGCCCUCAACUAGCCUUAACUUCCCCCCUCAAUGGUAGAGUGGAAUUAGCUGCUGCUGGAAAGGAAUGUACCGUGUGCUCUUUCUGUAUUAAUGUUAAUUAAAU